GAACUCUGAUGCUACCUUCUUAGCAGUCUUGGACCAGCUGCCUUGCCGCUUGCAGCUGCGGAGCUAAAGCAGCUCUGUGGAAUACCUUCUUCAUCACCCUGGAGGAUUCCACGUAAGAUACUUUUAUUUUGGUCUUUCUCAUCUCCUCCACCCGAAAAAGGGUGAGUCAACCAAUCUGAAGAGCUGGAACAAACAGAAGAGCUAGAGGGGCUUCAGGAACCAACGGAGGAGGAGGAGGAGGAGGAGGAAGGAGAGGAAGAAGGAGACGGUGAGAUGGGGAGUGGAGCAAGUGCAGAGGAUAAGGAACUUGCCAAGAGGUCCAAAGAACUGGAAAAGAAGCUACAGGAGGAUGCAGAUAAAGAGGCAAAGACAGUCAAGCUGCUACUGCUCGGUGCUGGAGAGUCAGGCAAGAGUACAAUUGUCAAACAGAUGAAGAUUAUCCAUCAAGAUGGUUACACGGAAGAAGAAUGUUUGGAGUUCAAAGCAGUUAUUUAUGGCAACAUCUUGCAGUCCAUCUUGGCCAUCAUCAGAGCCAUGACCACCCUGGGGAUUGAUUAUGCGGAUUCAAGCAAAGCGGAUGAGGGGCGACAGCUGUUCAACUUGGCUGACUCCAUCGAAGAAGGAACCAUGCCUCCAGAGCUAGUGGACUGUAUAACCAAACUCUGGAAGGAUGCAGGCGUUCAGGCCUGCUUUGAGCGAGCCGCUGAGUACCAGCUCAACGACUCUGCCGCCUACUACCUGAACCAACUGGAUAGGAUAUGUGCUCCUGGCUAUCUCCCCAACGAACAGGAUGUAUUGCGAUCACGAGUUAAGACCACAGGUAUCAUAGAGACAAAGUUUGGUGUCAAAGACCUCAACUUCAGGAUGUUUGAUGUAGGUGGGCAGCGGUCAGAGCGCAAAAAGUGGAUCCACUGCUUUGAAGGGGUGACCUGUAUCAUCUUCUGUGGAGCUCUCAGUGCUUAUGACAUGGUGCUGGUAGAAGAUGAUGAAGUGAACCGCAUGCACGAAUCCUUGCAUCUGUUCAACAGUAUAUGCAAUCACAAGUUCUUUGCUGCCACCUCCAUUAUUCUCUUCCUGAACAAGAAGGACCUCUUUGAGGAAAAGAUCAAGAAAGUACAUCUCAGCAUUUGUUUCCCAGAUUAUGAUGGUCCCAAUACUUUUGAAGAUGCAGGCAACUACAUCAAGCUUCAGUUCCUUGAUCUGAACAUGAGAAAAGAUGUGAAAGAAAUUUACAGUCACAUGACUUGUGCCACAGACACGCAGAACGUCAAAUUUGUAUUUGAUGCAGUCACGGAUGUCAUCAUCAAAGAGAACCUCAAGGACUGUGGCCUCUUCUAAGACUUCAGCUUUUUAAGAAGGAAAAAGGACUUGCAGUUAGCUUCACUGUUCUGCUUGAGCAGAGCCAACGGAGUAAAUAAAAGCCACUCAGAGUCCACAUUUUUCUAUAACCUACCCAUGGCACAAACUUUAUACUUCCAAGAACAUGCCAUCAAAAGGGCAUGAAGGAACAAAAGCUAAGAGCCUCCCAUCUCUAAGCCAUCUUCUUUGGUAGUUUUCCUCCUUUUUGAAAUUCUCGGCAAUCUGUAAACCCUGACAACUUGAAAGACAGCCAACACAAUCUUGUCUGCAAACAAUGAAUCAUGCGAUACACUGGACCUUUGUGUGUGCAUACAACUGAGAUCUUUAAAAAGCAUCAACCUUCUGUGGGAACGACACAAUCAGUGCUUUUGUGGAUUCUUCGGCAGAACUUCCUUAUCUAUAAAUGGUCUGAAUGGUGAUUCUCAAUGAAAAUCCUAAAGGGUUGAAUGUGCAAGACCAACAAUUUCUAGAUUACACAU